GGCAACUAGGUGGUUCGUGAGGAGGAGGAGGCCCGAGCCUCGCGACGCGGUGCUCUAUGUGGGGACUCUGCUAUGGCAAGUAAGCUUUAUGUGAUUUUGCUCCUAUUACUUUCCAUACACUUGUUUUGUGGAGCUCGCCACCAUGGACCAGCUCAAACUACAGAAAAACUUAUUCCGGAGAAGGCAGUUGGUAUCAAUAUUGAUCUGGCCGAACGGAAGCAGAAACAUCACCUUCAGGAACUCUUCUCUCGUUACGGGGAGAAUAAUACAUUGACUAUUGAAGGGUUUAGAAAACUGCUGCGGAAUAUUGGCAUUGAGAAAGCAAAAAGAAUUCCCCCAGAUCAUGAGCACCAUCACCACCAUCAUAAUCGUGUUACCGUCAGUACAAACUUUGAGAAAACAGGUUGCCCUAGUGACGAAUCUGCAGGUGGAAACAAAGACCUUCGAAACAAUCAGGAUUGGCCUAAAACAGAGAGUGCUGACCACCAGCAGGGUCCUGUGAACAGCAAGAGCACAACAGUUGCCAUAACUGCAUCCACCUACACCAUGGCUACAGAGGGCAACCUUUUGUUACCGCGUUCAGAAACUGCACAAUUGAAGUCCACACAUAUGGGCUUUGUCAGCCCCAAUCCCAACAUUGUUCUCGAGAGCAGCAAUCUGAGUUCAGUUGUAAAUGGAAAAGCAAAUGAAUCUUUCGUUUUUGUGAGAGAAUCUGAAAGAGGAAGUUACAUGUAUUCUAAAAUAAGAAAACAGACUACGGAAGAGUGCUUCAAUGCUUCAAAACUGAUGCUUUCUCAUGGAAUAAGUACACAAGUUCCGUUGACAGUCGCAGAAUUUAGCUAUCUUUGCCCAGCUAUCGUUGACCAGAUUGAUGGCAGAUUUUGUAUAACUCAUGCAACAAGUGAAAAGGCAGAAACACCUCCAAAAACGUAUUCAUUGCAAGUAGCUUGGAUUGGUGGAUUUAUAUCCAUUUCCAUCAUCAGUUUUCUUUCAUUACUUGGUGUAAUAUUGGUGCCUCUUAUGAAUCGUGUAUUUUUCAAGUUCCUUUUAAGUUUCCUCGUGGCAUUAGCAGUUGGUACCCUAAGUGGAGAUGCUCUUUUACAUCUCCUUCCACAUUCUCAUGGAAGUCACCAUCACCAUCAUGAGAAACCACUAGUGGAACACAAUAAAGAUCCCCCUUUUAAGCAUCUUGUUUUUCAAAGUUCAGAAGAAAGUGCUUAUUUGGAUUCUACGUGGAAGGGCCUCACAGCACUUGGAGGACUAUACAUUAUGUUUCUCGUUGAGCAUUUGAUCACUUUAAUUAAGCAGUUUAAAGACAAGAAAAAAAAGAAAAAGAAUGAAGAUGAUGAAACAGAAAUCAAGAAGCAGCUGUCUAAAUAUGACUCUCAGCUUUCAACUAAUGAAGAAAAAAUUGAUGCCGAUGAUCGACCUGAAGCUUACUUGGGAGCACAUUCACAAGAUCCGUCAAAUUUCAUCUCGCAGAAGCCAGCAGUACAAGAAGAAGAAGAAGUCAUGAUAGCUCACUCCCACCAAGAGGCUGCUGACAAUGAAUAUGCAUCCAGGGGGUGUAGAAAUAAAUGCCAUUCACAUCUGCAUGACACUCUAGGACAGUCAGACCACCUCAGUCAUCAUCACCACGACUACCAUCAUAUUUUGCAUCACCAUCACCAUCAGAACCAUCACCCGCAUAGCCAUAGCCAGCGCUACUCACGUGAAGAACUGAAAGAUGCUGGUAUAGCUACUCUAGCCUGGAUGGUAAUUAUGGGUGAUGGACUGCACAACUUCAGUGACGGUCUUGCAAUCGGUGCUGCUUUUACUGAAGGUUUAUCUAGUGGCUUAAGUACGUCUGUUGCGGUCUUUUGCCAUGAGUUACCACAUGAAUUAGGAGAUUUUGCUGUACUUCUCAAAGCUGGCAUGACUGUCAAGCAAGCUGUUCUUUAUAACGCCCUCUCUGCUAUGUUGGCAUACCUUGGAAUGGCUACUGGGAUACUCAUUGGUCACUAUGCUGACAAUGUUUCCAUGUGGAUCUUUGCUCUUACUGCUGGGCUGUUCAUGUAUGUGGCCCUUGUUGAUAUGGUGCCUGAAAUGCUCCACAAUGACGCUAGUGAUCAUGGAUGUAGCCGCUGGGGGUAUUUCCUCUUACAGAAUGCUGGAAUUCUGUUAGGUUUUGGUAUUAUGUUACUUAUCUCUGUGUUUGAACAUAAAAUUGUAUUCAGUAUAAACUUAUAGGGGUAGAUCCAGACUUACACUCAGUGGAGUUCCACCUGUGAGGGAGGUGGUUUCUGUCAAUUCCUCCUUCCCCCUGCAGCACUCUAAACAUCUGUUCCAGGGGUUUGGUGUCCCUCCGGAGCAGCAUGAGAAGUGUAGGUAGUGUGCACCAGGAAUGGGCAAAGAUUGCUCCCCCCACCUCUCCUAGUGGGGAGCCUCCAGUGGAUCUCGGUCGCUUCCACAAAUGGAAGGAGCCCUUCUUUUCAUGGAAAUGUUACUCCACGAUACUCCAACCCAUAAUAUUUUCUUUACUUUCCCGAUAUUGACAUUGCAUUGAAAAUUUAACAGGAGGCACUUCUUUUCUCUCUCCCUUUUCUCUACUGAUUAGGCAGUUAAAGUAGGCAUUUUUAGUAGGCGACAUUCUUGCAUACAUACUGUAUGUAUGUGGCGCUAUGGAGAAAUACUACAUUUUGCCAAACAUAGUGGAUGCUAAAACUAUAAGGGAAGUAGUUCUUAACUUGUACUUUUUAAAGAAGUUAUUUAAUAUUGUGAAAAUAUCUACAGCAUGCAGUGUCAAGUUUUGUGUUGUCUGUGUUAAAGUGGUACGAACAUGUGAACUGGGAUUUCUUUUAAUAUAGUUGAUACAGAAAAAACAAAAUAUUUUCACUCAUGGUAUUCAUAGAAAAAAAGAUAGUAUCCUGAGCUUUCUUAAAUGGUUAUGGUAAUAUAAACCAGUGUCCUAAUGAAGAGAUUUCAUAAUUGGAUUGCCAUUAAAAUUACAUGCUCCUUGGUCUAUGUGUUAAAUGUUUUUAGAAUAAUUAAAUGUACUAAAUGAAAAA